CUUUCUCUCCCCCUCUUUCCGACGCGGAUUUGCGCUGCGUCUCUUUGGCGUAGUUUGGAUGCUCGGACCAAGUAGGGAAGCCCGUCACUUCUGUUCCAGCUGGAACAGUCUGCUAGAAACACUGAAGCUGCCGCUCCAAAGUCGAGACGCAAAACAAACUCUCAGCAGGUUCUCGGCAGAUGGAUCGCAACAAACCUUCAUUUUAAAAGCCUCUGGACAAUCACUGCAAUGAUGGGCAGUCUUCAGCAGGCUCUGUUGAUCUGUGUGACCAUUCUGGAGCUAGGUGUGUGCGGUAUUGGUAGUAACCAUGGUAACUGGGGUGAAACACACACCUGGCAGCGUGCGGCAGUGCCCCUGGUGGUGGAGCGGAGGACAGUGUCCCUCAGCCCGCCUGAUUUCCGUGCCACCUUGGCACAGGACACGGAAGUCGUCUGUGGCAUCCAGUGCCAGCAGGGUCUCCCUGUGCCCGACCGCGCCCAGCUGGAACGGCUGCUGGCGUACGAGACCAUCUACGCCAACGGCACACGGACGUUCACCGAGGUCCGACUGCAAGGCGCCGAUGAGUCCCUGACCAAUGCCUCGUUGUCGUGGUUACCCCGCGGACAGGCUCCCCCGCCACCAAGACGAAACAAGAGGCAGGUGUUCGGCACAGACGGCCGCUUCGUCAUCUCGGACGGGCGAUUCACUGCCAGCUACCCGUUCUCGGCGUCGGUCAAGCUGUCCAGCGGUUGUUCGGGUAUCCUGGUGGGGCCAAGGCACGUGUUGACUGCUGCCCACUGUGUCCAUGACGGCCAGGACUACCUGAAGGAGAGCAGGGGUCUGCGGGUGGGCGUUAUGAGGUCUCGGUCGACACGUGACAGCGGAAAGGUGGGUCGAAGGAGAAGUCAAAGAAAGGGAGGAAGAAGAGGAAGAAAGGGAGGAGAUGUAGAGACUCAAGACAGGAGAGAGGGAUCAGAAAGGCAGAAGAGGAGAAGAGAGAGAAAGACAGGUAGAGGGAAGCGAAGGAGAGAGAAGGCCCGCAUCCGUCGUGGGGCUGCAGUAACGUCGGCGGCAGAGACGGACCCCGACAGAGAGUUCUUCCGCUGGACGCGCGUCAAGCAGAUCCACACACCCCGUGGCUGGAUGACCGACGUCACCCGCGAGCUGGCUGCCGACUACGACUACGCCCUCCUGGAGCUCCGGCGCCCCCUGGGGGCCACCCCCAUGGCCCUGGGCCUGGUGUCCGAAGUGAAGGACACCGUCCCUGCCAGCCGCGUCCACUUCACCGGCUUCGACCACGACCAGCCGGGCAAGGCCGUCUACCGCUUCUGCUCGGUGGUGCAGGAGUCCAGUGACCUGCUCUACCAGUACUGCGACGCCCGCGCGGGCUCCAGCGGAGCAGGGGUGUAUGUGCGCCUGCGGGACCCCAGCCAGAGAGGCCUGAACGCGGGGAAGGGGGAGGGGAAGACGAGGAGGGAGGGGAGAUGGACCCGGAAGGUGAUAGGCGUGUUCUCCGGGCACCAGUGGGUGGACUAUGACGGCAGGCAGAAGGACUAUAACGUGGCGGUGCGCAUCACGCCGGCCAAGUUUGCACAGAUCUGUCACUGGAUACACGGCGACCCUAAACGCUGCCAGCAGACCUGAGAGAAUACACUGGGUCAGAGGUCAAAAGGUCCUGAAGGAGGCUCAUGUAGAGUACUGAGGGGGACGCUGACAAAUGGUGCUUUGGGCUGAAAAGAUAAGAUGAUAAAACAGAUAAAAGCUCAAAAUAAAGGCCUUAUAAACAUUAAAAUAUUCUGCAUGUCCAGGACCAGUUAUUUUUUUGAUAGGCUCCUUCAUCCCCUAACCACCUGAGGUUAUUUUUCACACCAGAAUUGUUACUGAAUGAAAGCUAGGCCUAAAACGAGAAAUAUCAGCUGACACAUAUUUUGAAUUUGGUGUACAAUGAUUGGACAUUGUAUAUGAAUGUAAGGGGGCUAGGAUGGGUUGGGGCCCUUUAACCACAUUGAUCUCAAUACAAAUUUCAAGUUUUUGCCUGAAAUUGCACUGUGCCUAUUUACAAGGGCAUUGUUCCCACC